AUGGCAUUACAGAGAUUUAGAAACACAGAAAAGAAAAUAGAGAAAGAUCCAGUUGUGAAAGAAGCGUAUGAAACAACACUACAGAAAUAUCUAAAUAAAGGUUAUAUAACGGUAGUUAACCCGAAUGAAAGUUUCAAUAACACACCAAUUCGGUAUGAAUUCAAAACACUGGUGUUUGGAGUUAAUGCAUCACCAUUUCUAGCCCAAUAUGUUUCUAGACAUAAUGCUGAAUUACAUAAAGAAGAAUAUCCACGUGCUGCAGAAACGGUCUUUAGUUCAACAUACAUGGAUGAUAGUAUGGAUUCUGUGUCUACCGUAGAAGAAGGUAUUGAAUUGUAUUAUCAGCUAUCAGAACUUUGGGCGAAAGCAAACAUGUAUGCAAGAAAAUGGCUGUCAAAUUCGGCUGACGUACUAGAAAAAAUCCCCACUGAGCAUAGAGCUUCUAAAGUUGAACUGGACAAAAAUGACUUGCCAACUGUAAAAACACUUGGUGUAUCAUGGUUAGCUAAUGAAGAUUGUUUUAUUUUCAAUGUGCAAGAGUCGGAUAACUAUACAACAUUGACAAAGAGAACAAUUCUAAGAAAAAUAACGACUAUAUUUGAUCCACAUGGUUUUGUUGCACCAUAUAUCGUGCGAGCAAAGAUUCUGAUGCAGGAAUUAUGGUUAGCUGGAUUAGAUUGGGAUGAAAUUGUUCCAAAUGAAAUGAAUGAAACAUUUUUGAGGUGGUUAUCUGAAUUGAAAGAACUUAAACAAAUCAAAAUACCAAGAUGUAUAAGACAUGAACAUUAUGUUCAGCCAAAAAGAGUAACAUUACAUGCAUUCGGAGAUGCAUCAGAAAAAGCUUACGGUUCAGUAGUGUAUGGUCGCUGUAAAGAUUCUGAAAAUAACAUUUCGGUUAGACUCGUUGCAGCAAAAAGUAGAGUAGCGCCGGUUAAGACGAUAAGUAUUCCUAGAUUAGAGCUUUUGGCAGCUGUUCUGUGCUUGAAACUUACAUUGUUAAUUUGUGCUGCACUGAACAUUUGUAUUAACAAUUGCACAUUUUGGACAGAUAGUAUGAAUAUUUUACAUUGGAUACGAAAUAGAAGCACAAUUUUCAAAUCAUUUGUUGCUAAUAGAAUUGGAGAGAUUCAGUAUCAUUCAAAUCCUAUACAAUGA